CAUCUACCUGCUAAGCCUAUCCUCGAACAAGGAAAUCUGCACCGAGGACUGGAGUAUUUAAAGAACCAAUAAGAUGUGCUAUUCCGUCCCCCUUUUCCACUAUCAUACCCCAUCAUCACCCUCAACCAAAAGCCCACGGGGAUCGUGCGAACGCGUGACCUGAUCUGAACAUCCAAAAGCCAAGCAACGGUAAAGAACAAUGUCCGACGACGACGAAUCCAGCGCAAGCGGUGAAUACCACGCUGAAUACCACCCGCACCUGCGGGAGGCUGCAGCGUACACGGACGACGAAGUGACGCGGCGGGCGUUCGACGUGCGCCAAGUCCGCGGCGCGGACGCCGCCGGCCUCCGAUGUUGCCUGCCCGAAGCGCAGCGCAGCUACCGGACGCCUUCAGACCAAGAGCAGUGUCCGAUGUGCGAUGCGAGCUGCCACCCGAACUGCCUGGACAAGCUGCGCAACGAGGAGAUGCACCGCGGCCGGCCGCUGGCGUACGGCUGCCCGCGGUGCGGCACCCUGUGGCGGACCGACGCCCAGACCACCGCCGCCGCCGAGCGGCAAAACCGGGCCAACGCGGACAGGACUCGGCCAACGGUCAAGCCGUAUCGCUACCGGCGGGACCCCAUCAGCGGGCGGUACGUCUGCACCUUCGCGCCGCCGUCCACGGGCCAACCGUGCGGGUGGACCCGCAACACCAGGCACCAAAUCCGCGUCCAUCACAACCGGGCGCACGAGGACAACCCUGAUCCGUCCUGUGACUGCGCCGGCGUCUCGGUCUUCGACACCGAUGACGAGGACAACAUCAGCGCGAACCCGCCGCCCUGCCCCUGCCCCAUUUGUGCGGAGCAGUACUAUUGUCGCCAUGCCGCCGCCGCGCAUUGCCGGAAAGAGCAUCGGAAUAACUCCUGGCCUCCCAAGUGUCGAAUUUGCCACACAAUAUUUGACAAAUAUCUGGACCUCAUUGUGCAUCUUACCUAUGCGCACCAGAAUCCUCGACCUUCUCAGUAAACAACCCAGGUCCGGCAUCAUGCCAGUGAGGUAAGCCAGCAGUCUGUCUGUAGCUAACACCUCCCUUUUUCUUGGAUUUCGGGCUGUAUUGAUGAGUGGGUGGAGAAAGAGAAAAUCCCUACUGCACUUCAAAUAUCUCGGGAACCACAACAGAGAAAAAAAAAUAGAAAUCAAGGGGCGGAACCCUGUAUUAAAGUCGCUUCGUUACAUUAGUAUAAAGUUCCAGAUGAAGUCCCCACCAUCUGCAAGAUACAAUUUGAUGGAUUAUUGCACAAGCGGCGAACGAGCUUGUA